ACAGUCCUAAGUUGUAAGAACACUUUCUCUUCUCUUCUCUUCUCUCUGUCACUGUUUUCCACUUCCAAUUUCCAACCACCGACACAAUUCAAUUCAAUUUGCUAACUACAACACUUCCUUCUUCUCUGUUUUUCCCUUUUCUUAGGCUUCUCCAUAUAUCACUUCAACCAAAAUCUCCCAUUUCCACCCAAUUUUGAAUCUUUUUGCUAUUUUGUUUCUGGGCUUCGUUCUUGUUUUUCCAAGCUUUGCUUCUCGUACUUGUGCCAACAAAUAAUUAAAAAGGAGUUUUCUUUUUCUUAUUUACAUGGUUGGUCUUUCGUAUUCUUGCCCGUCUGAAUUAUCUGUUUUGGGUUUUUUUCAUUUUUGUGCUUGUGUGAAUCGCAUAGGUAAUCAGAAAUUAGAAAAGAAUUUUUACUUGUUGACUUAUUGUGAACUUGUGUUUUUUGUAUUAUUGGUUGGUUAUGCUUAUGAAUCUUUGAUUUUGAACCUGAUGGUAUCGGGUUCAGAAUUGACACUUUGGGAAUGGACACCGAGUGUGGAUUUUGUCUCUAGUUUUGCAUGCAAAUUUUGCAAUUACUAGAUUGGUAACUUGAUUAGCGGUGAAUAUGAGUCUGCUUAUUUAAAAUGGUAUUUAGAUGUGAAGUUAGGAGAUAGUUAUGUAAUUAAUUUUUUUUAGGUUAAAACUCAAUAUGAGGAAUAAUGUCAACUUUUAUUUUGAGCAGGGGAAUAUUGUGGGGUAACUUUUUCUUUUUUUGUCGGAGUGAUGCAUUGUUUGUGAUUUCCUUUUUAUUAAAUUUUAGCAAAUCUUAAAUGGAUGAAUGGUUUAUUCUCAUCCAUUAUAUUUCAAUCCAAAAUUCAUAUGAUCUAUCCCUUUGACAUCCCUAAUGGCUGGAGAGCUCCUAUUUUUAAAGCUAUAAUUAACAGAUGGUACUAAAACAAUUUGAUCGUAUGUGAAUGGAUUAUUGUUUGCAAAUCCUUUUAGUGAACUCUACUCAUAUUCUAUAGAGCAUGAAAAUCAAAUCACUUGCUAUACUCUAUAUUCCCUUAGCUGCAUUAAGAGAUCUUAUGUUAAAUGACUGAUUAUAUAAGUUUAGCAAGAGGCAUGCUAAUCCUAGUUUAGAGAUGAAAAUUGGAGACAAUGCUUUACCACGAGUUACAUGGUUUAAGUAUCUUGGGUCCAUCACAGAUAUUGACGGAGAUGAAGAUGUGAUGGAAGAGUGGAUUUGAGUGGGGUGGAUGAAUGGAGGAGUGCCUCAAGUUCUUUCUAUGAUUAAAAGGUACCCCUCAAGCUUAAGGGAAAACUUCAGCACGCAAUUAUAAGGCCUGCAAUGUUGUAUGAAACUGAAACCAAGACUUCGGUGGUGAAAAUCCAACAAGAGAAUAAGCUCAAUAUAGCAGAAGUGAGAAUGUUGCAUUGGACGAAUGGACAUACUAGACACGGUAGGAUUAGGAAUGAGUGUUUAUAAAAAAAAAGAUUUGGGCAGCACCUAUUGUAGAAAACAUAGUAGCAUCUUGCCUUAGGUGGUUGGCAUGGUAGAAUCCUUGGUUAAGAGAGUAGAUGAGGUGGAGGGUAGCCCUAUCAUUGGAGAGGUAGAAGGAGACUAAGAAAAAUUAUCGGUAAAAUCAUUAAGAAGGAUUUAGAGGUCAACGGUUACAUGAUUCACAAUAGAAUACUAUGGUAUUGUUUGAUCCAUGUAAGAUGUAGCCAACUCCACCUAGUAGGAAAAAGGCUUGGUUGUUGUUAUUGUGGUUGUACUUGGGCAUACCAAACUAGCAUGCUACAUGGUCCCUGAGACUUUCUUCCCUUUCUUUGAUGUUAUUGUUCUGAAAUUGUCGUAUUUUAAUCCAAAUCCUUCUACGUCGAGAGCUAAUGAACAAUUAUAACAAUUAUAGCAACUUGGUGAGUUUAUUUAUAUCAAUUUUUGUACAUCUUUAAAUUUUUGCCUGGUUUUAUUCCUCAUCUGUGAGCUCCGUUCUGUCUUAGAUAUUAGUUUUUGUCUCUUGUUUUUUGUUAUCUGGUUGCAUGGACAUUUUAACACAGUAUAUAAGAUAGCUUUUUCCUUUUCAUUUGAAGAAACUAUAAUUGCAUAGACUACCAGCUUCUAGCAUUUUUCUUCAUUUCAUAGUACAUACAUGCAAUACUUUUGAAUUCUGUUAAUAAUGUUUGUUCUGCUUCCAGAUUAGGGCACAGUGUUGCAUGUAAAUCAGGAAAUCAUGACUUCCUCUACUCAUGACCUCACAGAUAAUGAAGCUGAUGGGCAGCAGCAGUCAGAAUCACAGAUGCAACCUUCUGCAAAUGGAAUUUCUCAUGCAAGUAUUGGUACUCAGAAUGUUCAGUAUGCAACACCUACACAGCUUGGAACUGAGCAUGCUAUGGCACCGCCACCCCCUUACCCAUAUCCAGAUCCGUACUACAGAAGUAUCUUUGCCCCCUAUGAUGCACAACCUUACCCCCCACAGCCCUAUGGUGGACAUCCAAUGGUCCAUCUUCAGUUAAUGGGAAUUCAACAAGCAGGUGUUCCUUUGCCAACUGAUACAGUUGAGGAGCCUGUGUUUGUCAAUGCAAAACAGUAUCAUGGUAUAUUAAGACGUAGACAGUCCCGUGCUAAAGCUGAAUCAGAAAAAAAGACUACCAGGAAUCGGAAGCCAUACUUGCAUGAAUCUCGACAUUUGCAUGCACUGAGAAGAGCAAGAGGAUGUGGAGGUCGGUUUCUGAAUUCAAAGAAAACUGAGAAUCAACAGAAUGAGGUUGCAUCAACUGAAGAAUCACAGUCCAAUGCCAGUCUCAAUUCUGAUAAAAAUGAGCUUACACCAUCAGAUAGAACAUCCUAAGACUAUAGAAAUGGUUAUGCUGAAGACAGUGGGGAUCGGUUGUAUAUCUAUAUUGCGAGACCAAUAACCAAUCAACAGCAUCCUCAGAUAUCUCGGUACCAUUCAUUCUGGCCCUGUACAACCCCAUAGGUAUAGGUAUAGUUUGUGUAGUAGGUAUGUUAGGAAGGGUGCAAAACAAAUCAAGUAAAAUGUAAAUUGAAGUGAUCUUGACUAGUGCUAUUCCCGAUGUGGUCCUUUCUAUAGCAUUUUGUAGGUUAGAUUUUAUUGUGUGGGCUUUUCUUUGUAUUAUUUGGUGCCACAGAGGGAUUAGAGAUUAUCCGAAGCCAUAAUGGUUUGUUUGGAAUUGGAUCAUGCUUAUUUAGCUUGUGAGAGACAUAUUAUAUUUUCAUCUGUUACUUCUUAUUCAUUGUUAUAGAAGAUGCUAAGUUCAACUAGUU